AACAUCCCAGAAUCUCCGGCUGGGCGUGUGUGUGGGAAGUGGAAAGAUACAGGUCUCAGGCCCCGCUCCUUCCUGCUCUCGCCUCCCUCCUCUCCUGCUCCUGACAUGGGUGACAAGGAGUUCAUGUGGGCUCUCAAGAACGGAGACCUGGACGCGGUGAAGGAAUUCGUAGCUGGAGGUGUGGAUGUAAACCGGACGCUGGAAGGUGGAAGGAAACCUUUGCACUACGCAGCAGACUGUGGGCAGGAUGAGAUUGUGGAAUUCCUUCUGGCUAAAGGAGCCAACAUCAAUGCUGCUGAUAAACAUGGCAUCACCCCACUUCUAUCUGCCUGCUAUGAGGGUCACCGCAAAUGCGUUGAGUUGUUUGUAUCUAAGGGAGCCGACAAGAACGUGAAAGGCCCGGACGGACUCAAUGCCUUCGAAUCUACAGACAACCAGGCUAUCAAAGAUUUACUCCAUUGAUGGACUGUCCUCCGAUUUGCCUCUUGUGUGGCCUCUCGCUGCUGCUUGUCUUUCUUUCUUUUAUCUGCCAAUUUCUUCAUCUCCUCAUCUUUUUAAAUUGGAAGAUGUCGGCUAAAAAAACCUGAGCCCUGUCAGAUCCUAUCGGGGAGCUCAUUUAGGCCGUGCCCCCGCGUCUAUACGAAAGGAGCCGCUUACUGAUUGGACUCUGUACAAGAACCUUAAGUAACGGAGAACCUCUUGCUGUAUCCUGAGAUUCUAUAAUGAUCCGUUUAUUGGAUAUUGGCAAUUUUAUAGCGCCCCCAUCCUUUCAAAGAGUUGCGCUCUCUAGCUCCCCCGACAGCUAGAGGGACACAUUACCUGAGGGCCCCCAUCCUUAUCAUCUCGGGCUGGAUAAUUUCCUUUUCAGUUGCCAUGCCGUCUAUACAAUUUUUAAAGACUAAAAAAAAUAGAAUAAAUUAAAUCUAUAGGAUAAAUCUCCAUAAAGCAUUUUUGUAUUGCACUGUAAAAUAGAAGGUUAUUCGAUUCUCCCCCUACAUCCAUUUUUGAGCUUCUGGGGGUGAAACUGCUCCAAUCGUUCCGUAUUGAUCAGCCGGUCCUUUCUGCAUCAUUUCAAGAGCUGUUUUCCUUUGAGUACAGUAAGUCUUAAGCCGAUUACCCUUUUAACUGGAGGGCGGCAGUUUCUAUAAAGCCCGGUCACCUUUUUAUCUCAGACAGUAAGCCGAGCCAUAGAGAUGAACCCUAGUUUCUGUGUCGACCCAUAACAAUAUUGGGAGACGCGGAACAAGGACAUUUCUGAGGAUCCGGCGACAAUCUUCUUUUUGCAUCAAUUUAUAAUUCUGAAUUAAUGAUUGCACGUAACCAACGCCUAAUCGCAUUAGCCGGCGGAGCUGACCCUCAGCCCGGUUUGUUUGAUGCAUGAUAAGCCGGGUCGUGGUUCUGUCUUUCAGUUCUGCUUUUGUUUUGCUUUAAGGUAUUGAAUGUAACUUACAAGGAUCCUUCCGACGGCGUUUUUGGCUUCACGAGAGCCAGCAAGGGGGAACCCAGCGGCCUUAAUAUUUUGUUAAUAGGCUUCCUAUAAUCGCCAGUAGCUCCUCCGGCCACACUCGCAUUCAUGUCAAUAACAAGGAGGCUGAAUUAAAUCUGAACUUGAUAAUAA